GUAUCGGCUGUUCGUACCUCAUCUCGAAGAAAUCGACAACGUCCCGCUACAGGUCGGCCUCUUCACCGAUUCAACCCCCGGCGCCACAAAGGAAAUGAUCGCCAUCAUGCAGGAAUACGGCGAAUUCGUGUUGGCCGUCGGCUCAUCGCUAAACGUCGCCAAUGGCAGCAUUUUUGGCCAGGCCAACGUUUCAAUUUGUGUGGAGCCGUUGCGGGACGAUUGUCAGGCGACGAAAACGGAAAAAGUGAAGCCCCGGAUCCGCGCCGUCGCUCUCGCCACCGAUUGCAUGAAGAUUGGGGCGAAUUUUGUGCUCCAGCACGAGCAGUUGCCCCUCCUUUCCGAGCUGAUCACCGCUUAUCGACAUCGGCUCCGCUCUCUACCUCCCCAUCAUCUUCAAGCCGGAUCAGGUGCUACUCUUCGUGCUCAUCUCUUUCCCCAUUCAUCGAAGGAAGUGGUCGGCGCCGUUUGGUCAUUUGUAUACAAUUUCUGCCGACGAUACUCUUUCACGUUGGCGCUGUACUUUUCUUGGCUCGUCCGCCACGUCGAUUUCGAGUGUGAAUUCUCGGAUCUGGUGUGCUCGGUUGGAUAUCUGCACGAUGAAAGCGAGUCCAACGGCACCCUGACGGCCCAUCUGAAGCUGAACACCGAGCAAGUGCGGCAUUUGGUCGCGUUUCAGUUCCUCUGUUUCACCAUCGUCCACUCGUUAUCCUGGGCUUCUCCGCUAUUUCCGGUCUAUCAGAACCGAGUAUUUAUCAGGCCUCUAUGGCUUUUGACAGUCAUGUUUCUACUUUUUAUGCAGCUUAUUUUUUCCACGAUAUCACUUGACGCGAAUCUUCUCAACCUCAUCACGACACCCCAGCUAUUCGGGCUUGUCGUGUGGAGCAUCUGUAUUCUUGUUGUAAACGAGGUCCGAAAACUGACGCAACGCCGCCUGUUCAUGCGGGAACAGCGCCGACGAAAAUUGGCAUUUGAUACUAAACUAGGCAUGAAUUCGCCAUAU